AUGCCGCUCCUCUUCCCCGCCACGCCGCCGCUGCUGCUGUGCUGCGCAGCGCGCGCCUCACGCCGCGCCACGGCUGCCGUGGCGUCCGCGGCCAGGAGCUCUUCCUCGUCCUCGGCCUCGUUCGACGCGGCCGCCUUGGAGGCCGAGCGGCUCCGCCUGGACGCCGCGACGCGGGCUGGGAUGGAAACCACCGCCGCGGCGGCGGAGGCCGACCCGCGGGCCUGGAAGUGGGCGAUACGGAAGCGGGUGUGGGACGCGCUCGAGGCUGAGGGCGUCGCGCGGGACCCGCGCCCCGUCCACCACCGCAUCCCCAACUUCGACGGUGCCCCCGCCGCCGCAGACGCGUUGGGGAGGCUUGACAUAUUUCAGAAUUCCCAGUGUGUAAAGGUCAAUCCUGACACACCUCAAAAGCAAGUUCGGUUCUUAACACUGUCAGAGCUGGAAUAUGGAAUGCUUCGCUAUAUGGGAGCUAUAGAUGAUUCAACCAUGAUAGUAACUACUGUGCAUGACAAGCAGUUAGUGGAUGACAUUCCAGUGGAGAAGCUGCUAGUUCAUGAUGUGCCAGUUGGCAUUAUCUGCACCCCAACUCAGGUCAUCUUCACAAAGACUACAAUCCCAAAGCCACAAGGGAUUUACUGGGAAAAGUUAUCUCCAGAAAAAUUGGGCCAAAUCCGAAUUCUAAGAGAGCUGAAGCAACGCAUAGAGCAAGAGACAGGAACUAUACUUCCUUGUGGGCCUUCAGAGAAGCUACCGCCAACAGCUCAGAGAAGGCAGAGGUGGCGGCGGCGACGAUGA